AUGGACCAGCAUUCAAUGCGUUCCGAGUCGUCGUCCAAAUCCAUCAACAACCCGAAGCUUCUUGAAGCCGUUGAAGAUGCCAUUCGUAGGUUGAUCCUUCCUCAGCUCGAUUCGUUGAGGCGCGAGCAAAGCAUACGAGAGGCAAGGCGUGGGUCUGUCGUGUCCGCCGCCACUUCGGUGUCUAGAGAGGAUCUCGCUGGGGACCGUAGGCGACUUUCCGACCGAUCUCAAAGAGAUUCACGCCACAAGGAUCGCAGAGAUAGGGAGGCCCGCCAUGACUUUGCCGAUGCAUCCUAUGAUCGGGAGUCCAUGGAUGGCUCAUCCAUCCUCGAGCCCGAGCCGCAUACCCCUCGAAGACGGAGUACGGAUAUGCUCAAGGCAGUCGCCGCUGCCGGCGCUAGUCGGAGCAGAGCAAGCGACACCUAUACCGACGACUUUGACGACGAUGAUAUGCUUGCCCCCGCCCCGCCAAUGCCGCUUAUGAGUGAAAUCAACCCAUCCGACGUGACGAGGACGUCUAUUCUUUCCGCCGAUACGGAUAGGCCGCAUUCCGCAUCUGAAGAGAUGGCAUCCCUUCGCGAGGUGCCUAGAGGAGUGGCGAUGCCCCCGCCUUCCGGUCACUCAUCCGCGCUCCCCCAGGGACUCGGGAUGCAACAUGCAAACAUCUCCCAUGGCGAUCUCACAGCUCUCCGUAACGUCAGGGCCGAGGUUGACCAACCUAGUCCUGCUUAUGGCCGGGAACCCCCAUCCUCACGCUCUGCCAAUCCAGAAGGCGCCACCAUUCCUGAAGUUCUCGAAGACGAGCUACCACCCGAUUCGAACUACCCCGAGCGCCGCGGGCUCAGCCCUAUCUACAGUGUGUCAGGCUAUACAGAAGGAGGCAGUGAGGGACCCCAUCAGAGGGAUUCCCGAGGGUACGCUGCCAGCGCGACCUCGGACUCGCCGGAAAAGCCGGCUCACUCGAUGCAUUCGCCUGCUUCUGCUCAUAGCCACCUCUUAAGCCGCGAUCUUGAUCAGCGAAGCGACGGCCGCAGCUCCGUCGCCGAUUAUCGACGUCCACUGUCUAUGGAUGAAGCCGAUCCGGACCCCUCAUCAAGGCAGGCCGUCCGCGGCAUUGGAGCGAACCCUGACAUUGUCCAUGUUCCCAUGGGCUUGAAUUACGGCCAGCGCGACUCCAUGGCAUCUUAUGAUGAUAUGCCUCGCUCGUAUCGAGACAAUUACAGCGCCAGCCCAACCAAGCAAUCCCAAGAUAGCCGACACUACACGGAUGAUGACCGCGCUCUUACCCCAGUCUCCCGCGGGCCCGCGAAACGCUCGCACGAAUUUUCAGAAGAAUAUGACAUUGACAAGCAUGGCCGCAAGGUUCCUCAAUCGCGGUACAGACAAUCUCCGACCGCGUCUGAGGCGGCUAUCACUUCGGGCGCGGCUAUGAAGGCAAUCUUGGCCCUCAAGGCCAAAGGUCUAACGGACGGCGCUGCCGAAGAAGCUUUUACUCCCGCGGGAGUGCAGAGAAACAAAUCCUUCAAAGAACGUACCCUAGCCGGGCAUGAGCCGGCCACGACUCCUACGCACAGCGUCGACCGGCUCGACUAUGUAGACGAGCCCCGGUUCGGGGCUAGCGGUCUACCGGAUCUCAACGACCCCAUGCCCGAGAUUGGCUAUGUUGAUGAUAGUGACACACAUACAAAUGCGUCCGUCGUUGAAGACCGGCUUGAUGGAAACCAUGGCACUACCUGGAGCGGUCGGUCUACUCCUAAAGCAAUGAUUGAUAGCGGCCGAAAGCCUGAAAUCCGCGAGGCUCACGGCCUAGGCAUCACGGAUUUGGCAGCUGCAGGCGCUGCUCUGGGCGCCGCCGCUGCCAUGGCCUCCAAUAACCAAAGCCGCCAAGCAAGCAACGAACACGUUGAAGAACCGCCGCGGACCUCGGAUGAGAAGAAGCGUGACACGCUGGGGACCAACCCGUUCGAAGGCAUCAGCCCCGUGGCCAACCCGCACCUGGGCGAGAACCUGUUUCAGGGGGCCGAACCGUACCCCGAUUUCGAGACCGGCAAGGGAAACCUCGAUAUCGCAAAGCCUGUGGAGCUUCGGGAUGGUGAAGAUCCCUUCUUUGAUCCCACGAAAUCUCUACACACGCCCAACUUUAGCGGUAUGUCCCAUGGCAUGGUGACGCCAUUUUACGAUGCUGCGACCGGGGGCGGUAUCGACCGAAUCGAAUCGAAGGACAUCAUUGCGCUCAUGCAAGAGCUGGUCGCCCGCGACGCUCAACGGACCGCGCGUGACACCGAGAUCGCCGCCACCGUCAUGUUCCUCGCACAAGAAAUGCGCAUGUCUUUCCAGAACGUCGAGACCCGUAUAAAGCAAGCUGAAGAUGUCCUGGUUGACGAGCUCGAGCAUACAGAGAAGGCCAUAAUUAAAACAAUCGGAGGCCCUCGCCCCUACCCUGGCAGUGCCGGUCGAUCUGUACAGGGUGGGUCUCAGGCGGGCGAGGAUCUGGCGGCGAAGAAGGGAAACAUCAUUCGACGCGCCCUAAAAGGUCUCAGGACGUCGGGAACGAACGAUCUCACCCGAAUUGAGGACAUGCUCCUCACGCUUCUCAAAGAUGUUGACGACCUCAAGGCCCAAACCGCCCAGCAGCCCCGCAGCACAGCCCGACCAUCACUAGACAACUUGCAGCCGGAAGCUCAGUACGAGCAGGACCAGGUCUACGAACAAGACGCGCGUGAUGCACCCUCCCUAGCUAGUCACGGCAGCCAAUCCGGGCACCUUGCAGCGCCCCGAAGCUCUCAGCGGAGGUUGUCUGAGAAUCGCCCCACAAUCAGCGAGGCAGCUCGGUGCCCCUCGACACACCCCCAGGCGACGACCUCGAACGCACACCUCGGCUCCGUUAGCAACGAAAACACGCCUCGCACCGAUAAAGGCAAGAAACAUAAGUCGGGCAGCUCGUCGAGCUGGAUCCCCAAGAUCUCGCGAUGGUCGGAGACGACGGCGUCAACGGUUAGCAAGGCUUUCCGAGGUAGUGGCGCGACCUUGCGCAAGGAUAGGGAUGCUGAGUAUGUCCCAGCCGCCCACUCACGCUCAGGGUCUGACUUGGGUGCAUAUGCCGAUGAUUACCACCAUACCGACCCGUACGGCGAAGACCACCUGCACACAGGCUUCUCAGACCUAGAUCUCGUCCCUCCCAACGCUCGAGCAGAUGAUCUAGGUGGUGGUGGAGGGCCGCCGAGGGCGUACAUGACGCCCGAAGACCCCAAAUACAAGGCUCAUAGGAACUCGCUUAACCUACAACAUCCGCAACCGAGGCCGGGCCAGACGGAGCGGUUCAAGGCAACGCUCGAGUCUCAGGCACAUAUCUACGACUCCACCAUGACCCCUCGAUCUCACGACUGGCGUGGUUCCGCUGCCAGCCUUCACCGAUCUCCCGCUCAGCACGGACACCGCUACAGUGAUGUUUCGGCCCGUGCUGGGGAGGAUUAUUGGCCGGAUUCCCCGGCGGUGCCAAUGCGCCGCCGCGCCCACCCAAGGAGCCUCUCGACAGCGCGUCGGGCACCCCGUUCGCGGUGGUCGCUCCACCAAGCUGCAAAAGCAAGCCCUCUUCCAUACCAUAGCGUGGAGAGCGGGUAUGGCACGGCUACGGCUACACACACCAAUUAUACUGGCAGCCCGAAGCUAGAAAACCGCAACCUAAGUGGCGCGCUAGGUGCCCCGACCCGACGUCCUAGUGGGCCGAGGGCCAUGACACCCAAGAGCCCGGAGGAGGAGGCCGCCCGAGAAGAGAGGCGGAGAAAGCGAGGUAAGCCGCCCAACCCCCUUUGA